AUGUCUACAUUUAUUUCUCCAGUAGCCAAGGAAUGUAUCACCAAAAUUCAGUACCUUCUUCAGAAUACUCUCUUCACAUACGCGGAGAUUGUGUCUUCACUGUCCCCCGAAGCUGGUGCUGAACUGAAUGAAGGGUUAUCGAACAUAGGAGUCAUACCUCCUGAGGGUACAGAAGCUCCUACGAAUCUCAAUGAAAACAAAGAUGUCGACAGCACAAGUGCGCCAUUUGCGAUAUCGGAAAAGGUUGACAGAUUGGUCACUCUGAACAGUCAACUUCAAAUGUGUGUGGACUCACUACCGGAUUCUUCAUUAUCCAAGGACGAGCUAAAGAUAAAGAUUGCAAUCCUCGAUGAGGAAUGCCAAAAUGCAUCGCAAGAACUCAAGAGUUUGUAUCAAGAGCUUGAUUCAGCUUAUAAAAUUAUAAAGCAAGGGCUAAAGGAGGAAUUGGAGCAAAGUGAAUUUAAAUAG